AGGACCUGAUAGCCACUGCUGUGCACCAUGUUGUCUAGACUGAGGGCGUCACUGACGCUGCGGCCAUGUGUGAACGCCUGCCGCUGGACACACACCAAAGAGAAGGGCAAGCCUCUCAUGUUGAACCCCCGCACCAACAAGGUAAGUGCCAGGGCUGCUCAUGUCAAUGUUAUAUGAUGUGUUACCGUAUUCUCAUCAACAGCAGCAUAUUCUUCUCAUCCCGUAACUGCACUCUCACAUUGGCAGCCGCAGUCCACCACCCCCAAGGAAAUCAAGAGGAGCACUAACACCAUCCUUGCACAACAAAUAAAUCGGUGUCUAAAAAUGAGCUGCUUGUGGAAUACGAAGAUUAAGGAUUUGUGUGUGUGUGUGUAGGGUCUGGACUGCAUGAGAGAGAUGACUCGGCAGAAUGCUGUGAUGCAGAUGGAAAUGGUGGAGGGAGGAGAGCCCUGUACAUUAUAAUACUGCUAUGCUACCCACAGUACUACUGGAGAUAGUUCUCCUAUCCCCUCCCGUUCCCCCCUGGCCUCUCUGGAGAAAGUUAUGGUUUCCAUGUGCUACCCACAGUACUACUGGAGCUAGUUCUCUCCCCCCCCCCCCCCCCCCCCCCCCCCACCCCCCAACCACCUCCGAGGGGUCGUCGUCCCAACAUACUUCCAUAUUGGCUUUCAAGCACAUUAUAAGCAUACUCCCCUGUCCUUCCCCCUUGAACCUAGUGUUCCCCCUCUAAAUUUGACCUGGGAUUCCGUGUACCGCAGGCAUGGUUCAAUUUCACACCCACAGGCGAGAGGACAGUCUGUGAGAACAGAACACCCUCCUGGGCCCGGUAGAGACCCACACAUACUCCCACAUAAUGUAAAUAGAAAAGUUAUGGCUCCUAGCAGAGGAAGGCUGUACCCCAAAUAUACAUUCACUGUCUCAUAGCAACCUGGGCAGUGAGUUGUGAGGCUGAUGGUGCAGAGGGCAGCUGUCAGUCUGAGGGGAAUAUUCAGAGCAGUCAUGCAUCUGUCAUUAUAUCUCUAAUACUAAGCUUUGAAUAAUUCCCAGAGGUUGUAAGACUCUAGUUAAUUAAGAAUUAAACAAUAUUCUCCAGUCUGCAAGGGAUCGGCAUUUGUAUUCAAUGAGAGCGCUGGCGCUCAAAACACACACAGGCUUUCUAUAUGCCUUCACACAAAGGAACUUUGCUCCGCCCACCUUUAGGCGGCCUGUGACUUUCCACAGUAUAGUUUUCAGCAGUUUCUAAGUCCCCUCUUACUAUGGUAUGUUGGCCUCCAACAGUUUCUACCCAGAUUCCCUGUUAGUGGUUUUAUUGUCUUAUAAUUCUAAUACAGUUUACACAUUUAUACCAUAUUUGGGGUGAAAUCCUUUAGUCAUUACCUUUAAAAAUACAAAUUAAUCUAUCAGCAUCUCUGCUUCGGUACUGUGUUUACUUCGCCCCAGAGCCAGUCUGAUCCUGUUAGCUCACUGGCAAUGUUUACCCUGUCUACCCCGCUCUCUCCUCUUCAUUAUCGCUCGCUCUCUCCCUCAUCAAAUUGAAUGAAAUCAAGUUUAUUUGUCAAAUGCAUAGGAUACAGUGUAGACGUGUACACAGUACAAUGAAAUGAUUACUUGCCAGCUCUCCUCUCAACAGUGCAACAGCGACAAAAAAAAUAUUCAAAGACUAAAAUAGACAACAUAAAAGAAAAUAAAAGGCAGAAUAAGAACAGUAUGUCUCCUCCCUCUCUCUCAUUCUCUCUCUCCCCCCCCCUCUCUCCCUCCCUCCCCUCUCUCCCUCCCUCUCUCUCUCUCUCUCCCUCUCCUCCCUCCCUCAGUCUCUCCUCAUUCCCUCAUUCCUUCCCUCCCUAUCUCCUCCUCCUCCCUCUCCUCAUUUCCAUCCCUCUCAUUCCCUCAUUCUCUCUCCUCUCAUUCCUCAUCUCCCUCCUCCUCUCUCUCAUCCAUCUCCUCCCUCUCCUUCUCUCAUUCCCUCAUUCUCUCUCUCCCUCCCUCUCCCUCAUUCUCUCCUCCAUCCUCAUCUCUCAUCCCUCAUUCUCAUCUCUCCCUCCCCGCUCAUUCUCUCUUAUCUCUCCCACCUCCCUCACUCUCGUUGCUUCUCCAAUCUCUCAUUGCCCUCUCCUCUCCUAUCUCCGUCCUCGCUCCCGCCUCUCUCAUCAUCUCUCCAUUCCCUCAUUCUCCUCCUCACCUCUCUCUCAUAUUCCACUCCAUCUCUCUCGUCCCAUUCCUCAUCCCCAUUCCUCCGCACUUCUCCUAGACUCAUUCUCAUGCUCUCAGUCUCCUUCCAUUUCCCUCAUUCUCUCUCUCCCGCCCGCUCCCUCAUCUCUUCGCUCUCCCUCCACUCCUCCCCUCCUCUCUCUCUCCCUCCUCUCCCAUUCCUCAUUCUCUCUCUCCCUCUCUCUCCCUCAUUCUUUCACUCUCUCAUUCCCUCAUUCUCAUUCUCUCUCUCCCUCCCUCUCCCUCAUGCUCUCUUAUUCUCCCCCCCUCCCUCCCUCCUCCCUCCCUCCCUCCCUCCCUCCCUCCCUCCCUCCCUCUCUCUCUCUAUCUCUCUCCCUCAUUCUCUCUCUCUCUCUCUCUCGUUUCUUUCCAUUCCUCCAGGGCAUGGCCUUCUCACUGCAGGAGAGGCAGAUCCUGGGCCUCCAGGGUCUUCUGCCCCCCAAGAUAGAGUCCCAGGACAUCCAGGCCAUGCGCUUCCAGAGGAACCUGAAGAAGAUGACAGAGCCACUGGAGAAGUGAGAACGGGCUCAGGUCAAAAGUAGUGUACUAUAUAGGGAAUAGGGUGCCAAUAAUAUUUUCACGCAUUACAGCGUCUGAGACUGCAGCAGUGCAGUUCUUAUUGCUACACUAAGUAAUGAACUCAAUCGCAUAACAAUUGGACAUAAAAACGAACGCACCUGUAAGCACUAUCAAAACUCUUCCCAGGUACAUUUACCUGAUGGGGAUCCAGGAGAGGAACGAGAAGCUCUUCUACCGCGUGCUGAUGGAGGACAUCGAGGAGCUGAUGCCAAUCGUUUACACUCCCACUGUGGGCCUGGCCUGUACACAGUACGGACACAUCUUCAGGAGACCCAAGUAAGAUCUGGGUCUUCAUUUUAUUUAUUUUUUUAAACAUGUUUAGUAAUGGCCCUCUGCUCUUUCAUAAGAAUACACACCCUCUCCGAUUUACUAUAGAUAUUGGUUUUGAUUAGAUUGCUCAAAUCUGAUUAGAUGGCUAAAAAUGAUUACAUUUACAUUUUAGUCAUUUAGCAGACGCUCUUAUCCAGAGCGACUUACAGUUAGUGAGUGCAUACAUUUAUUCUUUUCAAACUGGCCCCCCGUGGGAAUCGAACCCACAACCCUGCCGUUGAUUAGAUUGCCAUACAUUUGAUUAGAUUGUUAAAAUGUCCGAUUUCCUAUCAGACAAAGGGAGAGGCAGUUAACUAUGUCUGAGGACUCUAUUACUUUACCCGCAGAGGCCUGUUCAUAUCCAUCUUGGAUCGAGGACACAUUCGCUCCAUAUUGGACAACUGGCCAGAGACCAAUGUGGCGGUAAGCUGAGUUUCCGCACCAUAAUGAAAACAUGAUUUCUUUAUACUGGUGUAGCUUUGCUGUGUAAUGGAGUGACAGCCCCUCGCUCUCUGACAGCCCCUCGCUCUCUGAAAGCCCCUCGCUCUCUGAAAGCCCCUCCCGGGGUGGCAUUCAUUAGGGCAAGUUCAGGUAGUCCCACCCCAAUCUGUUUCAGUUCCGUUUGGUGCUUAAUGAAUAGAACCCCCUACCUGUUGUCCAGGCGGUGGUGGUGACAGACGGAGAGCGUAUCCUGGGCCUGGGGGACCUGGGGGUGUUUGGGAUGGGCAUCCCCGUGGGGAAACUGUGCCUGUACACCGCCUGCGCUGGGAUCAGGCCCGAGAGGUGCCUUCCUGUGGUCAUCGAUGUGGGAACUGACAACGAGGCGAGUCAAAAACCAAAUCAAAUCAAGCUUUAUUGAUAAUCGCAUCGAAAUGAAAACAUCUCAGUACAAUUAGUUGAAAACAAAGAUUAACUAAGGAGCUCCCAAAUAUGCAAAUUGUUUGUCAUGUUAUAUACAAAAGGAAAUAUAGUGGCUUAUCUGUUAGGUAUCUUACAUACUGUAUCAUAUCUAUAACCAGUCUCCUUAUUCCAGACACUUCUGAAGGACCCAUUCUACAUGGGUUUGUACCAGAAGCGGGAUCGCUCCCAGCUCUACGAUGACCUGAUCGAUGAGUUCAUGGAGGCUGUGGUGGAGAAGUACGGCCAGGACACCCUGAUCCAGUUUGAAGACUUUGGGAAUCACAAUGCAUUCCGCUUGAUGAGGAAAUACCGCGAGAAGUACUGCACCUUUAACGACGACAUCCAAGGUCUGAAUUCACACCAUGUAAAUACAGUAUGCCAAAUGGAGUGUGUUGUAGUGAGUAUGUACAGCUAGGUGAAUAGCAGACCUGGGUUCAAAUACUAUUUGAAAUCAUUUAAAAUACUUACUAUGUGAUUGAUUGAGCUAGCCUGGCGCAAUGUAACAAAUAGAAUAUUCGCGCAAAUGCAAAACCCCACCCAUCUGGCACUCCAGGCAGACUAGAGCAAACGCUCAAAAGUAUUUGAAAGAGUUAUGCAUUUACAGUGUGCGUUGCGGUGUUCAGGAACUGCAGCGGUUGCCCUGGCAGGGCUGUUAGCAGCUCAGAGGGCCAUUGGGAAACCCAUCACUGAACACAAGGUCCUGUUCUGCGGAGCAGGGGAGGUAGGCCAUUCUCCUACUUGUAUUACCAGCAUUCAAUGCCUGCAUACAACAAUACCUUUACCUGACAUAGUAGGCACUAAACGGUUGUACCAAAUGGUUAACACUGUGCUCACUAAAUCAUAAUAAUAGGUGUCAUUUUAAAUUUGCUUCAUACUGACUUAGAUACUAAGUCAUACUGUAAAUUGACGCAGGACAUUUUACUUGUCACUUGUUUUUGCACUCGUGAUAUUUUUGUCAGCUGAAUAUAAAUAAUUGUGUGGUUUUUUUUCUCCAGGCUGCCCUGGGUAUCGCCAACCUGAUUACCAUGUCGAUGGUGGAGAAGGGUUUGACCCAGGACGAAGCCAGGAAAAAGAUCUGGAUGUUUGACAAGGACGGCCUACUGGUCAAGGUCAUGAUCCAGUCCAAACACAGACACUUUGUCUUUCACUUCUCCUUUGUAACUGUGUGGCGUAACUGAAACGCUGUGUAUGGAGUGACAUUAGCGCCAACAGAAAUGGAAUCUGAAUUCAGUCAUUUUUGAAUUUUUUAUCAAGAAAUGUAAUUUGAAUUCAAUAUUUUUUUCCUGUGACUUGCUGUAGGGCCGAGCGCAGGAGACAGACAGCAACCAGGAGGCUUUUGUGCAUGAAAGCCCCGGAGAUGUGCAGAGCUUCUUAGAUGCAGUCAACGUCAUCCAACCAACAGCCAUUAUCGGUAAAGAUCCAUAUUCGCCAUUCUCGUCUUUAUAAUAGUGAUAAUAUAUUGUAUUAUUUAAAUCUGUGUAACUCUUGCUGCCUGUGCCUGGUAACCCUAACUUGUCACCUGUUCACAGGUGUGUCCGGGGCUGGACGCCUCUUUACCCACGACGUCCUCAAAAAGAUGGGCACCCUAAAUAAACGGCCAAUUAUAUUCGCCUUGAGCAACCCCACCAACAAGGCCGAGUGCACGGCUGAAGAUGCUUAUACCCUCACGGAUGUACGCGUCGAUUCACCCAUGUCCUCAGCUGUGUCCUAAAUGACUCCCUAUUCCCUAUAUAAUGCACUACAAACGUACUGCACUAUAUAGGAAAUCGAGUGCCAUUUGGAAUGCAGCCCUCCUCUCAUGUUUUUUGGUAGUGUGUAGGCCCAGACCAACACGUUGACCCACAGUCACCAUGGCUUCUCUCUCUGUAUGUUGUUGUUUGAUAUCCAGGGCCGAUGCCUGUUUGCCAGUGGAAGUCCAUUUGACACGGUGACUCUGGCUGACGGACGUGUGUUCACACCUGGACAAGGGAACAAUGCUUAUAUAUUCCCAGGUUAGAGUCAUUGGAUGGUCAUGUUUACUCAUCUGUAUUUAAAAAAAGAAAAUCUCAAUGAGCCUUCUCUCGUCAACAGCCAUGGAAAGUGGAUACGCAUGGAUGCGCCACAUACAGUGUAUUGUGAGACUUGUAUGUGUCGACUGUUGAAAGGGGUAAACGUGCAGUGUGUCUGAUUGUCUGGCUACAGGUGUAGCCCUGGCUGUGAUCCUCAGUGGUGUGAGACACAUCAGUGACACGGUCUUCCUGGAGGCUGCCAAGGUCGGAAAUACAACUGCAUUUCUCUCUUUCAGAACUCUCGGCCUGUCUCUCUCUCUGUUGAUCUCCCCUGUGUUUACACAAUCAUUGACAAAAAGACCCUUAAAAGAGAUAUUUUACUCAUGUUUUAGUAUUUUGUUUACAGAGCAAAUUGUUACGCAAAUGAUAUGCAAGUGUUGACCGUGGUUUUUGUCAUUCCGUCAGACCCUGGCAGACCAGUUGACUGACGAGGAGCUGGCGGAGGGGAGGCUGUACCCGCCACUGUCCAACAUCCGAGAGGUCUCUAUCCAGAUGGCAGUCAAGGUCAGGAUCAGACACUCUACGUCUCACUUCUUGUCUGUCAAAUACAUUUUGAGGGAGAUAAAUUAAUAAGUUGAAAAAGCAUUCUACAAAAUGAGCAAGGUAAAACUCAUUUGAUUACGAUGAAAUCGGUGGCUUCGUCAUACACAAAAUAUACUGAGGAGCAUGGCGUAAAGAGUACCCGCGCUGCCUUCGGUCUAAUGGUGUCAGAGGGCACAUUUUAGUUUUGGCAAAGGUUGAAGUCUACAAAACUUUGUCCGCUCUGUUCAAAACAGAUUGUAGUUUUGCGAACAGAAAACUGUACUGAGAUCAGAUGUUUUAUUAAUGAAAAUAUGUGCAUAAUGUCGGCCAAAAUCCAUCUCGUUCCAUCUUCUCCCACUGCCGGCCACUGGGCUUCCUCUCAUCACCAUAUUUGGUAGUGAGUGGAAACACCAAGCGGAUGCUUCACAUUUAUACAUCCAGUGAAACAUCUGUGUCUUUGUUCUAUCUGUGGCAAAGAUGUGUCUUUAAAUGUACUCUGCGUCUCACUGUCUCCCCCUGCAGGUGGUCCGGUUUGUGUACGCCAACAACAUGGCCUUCCGGUACCCAGAGCCCAAGGACAAGGACACCUUUGUCAGGUCAACUGUAUGGGACAUCAACUACGACUCCUUCCUCCCUGACAUCUAUGAGUGGAAAGGGAUGAAACCCGCACCUGAUCAGUAG